AUGAUAGUCAAUUCAGGAAAUCUGAUAGUCAAUAUACGUGAUGAUAUUAUGUCUAGAUAUGAGAAAAUCAACUAAAUAGGCUAGGGCACAUUUGGGAAGGUAUACAAAGUGAAAAAUCAAGCCAAUGAAUUACGGGCAUUAAAGAUAAUAGCUAAAAAGGACUGUACAAUUUAGAAUGAAAUUGAGAACAUGUAAAAAUUAGAUCAUCCAAAUAUCAUGGCUGUUUAUGAAAUAUCCUAAGAUGAAUAGUUCUAUUAUAUUAUUAGUUAAUUAUGUGAUGGAGUUGAAUUAUUUGAUGAAAUUCAUAAAAGAAUUAAGUCAAAUAAACCAUUCUCAGAAGAGGAGGUUAGAUUUAUAUUUAAAUAAAUUCUAAGUGGGAUUGCAUAUGCACAUGAUAAAAAUAUUGUUCAUAGAGAUAUUAAACCAGAAAAUAUUUUGAUUGAUCCUACUGAUUAACAUAUCAAGAUAAUUGAUUGGGGUUUAAGUAAAGACAUUACAAAUAUUGAUUUUAUCAAAUAAAGAAUAGGAACUAUUGAUUAUGCAGCACCAGAAGUUUUGUUAGAGAAAGGUUAUGAUAAAAAAUGUGAUUUAUGGUCUUGCGGUGUCAUUUUAUAUAUAUUAUUAUCUGGAGAAACUCCCUUUCCUGGUUAAAAUACAAAUGAAAUAGAGAAAAAAAUAAUAUCUUGGAAAUUCAAUAUGAAAUAGAAGAUAUGGAAAACAGUCUCAGUAGAGGCUAAAAAUUUAUUAAAAAAUUUAUUAUAAUAUAACCCUACAAAGAGGUAUAGUGCUUAAAAAGCUUUAGAAAGUGAAUGGAUUUAAAAGAAAAGUGAAGUAGGUUCUAAAGAAAUAUCUACUAAGGAGAUGUAGUUUAGACUUUAACAUUUCUCAAAUUUUCGUUGUGAAAGCAAAUUGGUUUAGGCUACACUUCAUCUUAUGAUUCAAUAAAAUUUAACUUAAGAAUAAUAAAGAUAAUUGAGGAAAACUUUCUAAGAAUUGGAUAAAAAUGGUGAUGGUAAAUUAAGCAUGGAAGAAUUGUAGGAAUAUUGUUAAAAUGGAAUUGAUAUUAGAGAAUUAUUUAGUAGAAUAGAUACUGAUAAGAAUGGUUUCAUAGAAUUUACUGAAUUUUUAACAGCAGCUGUAGAUAUGAAGAAAUUAGUUUCUGCUGAUUAACUUAAGCAAGCUUUUUAAUUAUUAGAUUUAAAUGGGGAUGGAUUUUUAGAAAUUGAAGAGAUUAAGAAAAUGUUUAAUGGUAAAAUUUAAGUUUAAGAAGAACAAUAAUGGGAUUAAUUACUUUUAGAAAUGGAUGAAAAUAGAGAUGGUAAGAUAUCUCUUGAAGAAUAUUAAGAGAGUAUAACUAAGUUUAUUGUUUCUUAAUAGAAUACUUCUGAAAUUCAAUCAUUAAAUCAAGUUUAAGAGUUUGAACCAUCUAUUACUAAAAAAGUAAAAGUAAAUGAAUCACCUUACAAAUUAAGAAAUAGAAAAUGUAAUUGA